AUGAACCAUCACUACACGCCGUCCAACGGAAUGCAGAGUAUGCGGAAAGAGCACCUGUACAAAGUGCUUGUCAUCGGGGACCUGGGGGUCGGGAAGACCUCCAUCAUCCGCCGCUACGUGCACCAGACCUACUCCACCAACUACAGAGCCACGAUCGGCGUGGACUUUGCACUCAAGGUUCUGAACUGGGACUCAGAGACCAUCAGACUACAGCUGUGGGACAUCGCAGGGCAGGAGCGAUUUGGCAACAUGACCAGAGUUUACUACCGUGAAGCUAUGGGGGCCUUCAUAGUGUUUGAUGUGACGCGGCCUACAACAUUUGAAGCUGUCAUAAAGUGGAAAGAGGACCUUGACUCUAAACUCAUGCUUGCAAAUGGACAGAGCAUCGCCACGGUGCUCCUGGCAAACAAGUGUGACCAGGGCAGAGAACUCACCAACAACUGCAUCAAAAUGGACCAAUUCUGCAAAGACCACGGGUUUGUCGGGUGGUUUGAGACUUCAGCAAAGGAUAGCCUCAACAUAAACGACGCAGCUAACUUCCUGGUCAAACACAUCAUGGCCACAGAGAACGACAUCAUGAAGUCAGUGGUGCCCGACACCAUCUCGCCUCAUAUCGACUCAAACAGACAAAUGAACUGUGGGGGAUGCAUCAAAUGA